GUCAAACAGAAGGAUGUGAAAAUGCUCGAAACUCCCCAGUGAAAGUCGUUCAACUAUUUAGCCAAGGGUUGUCCGUAACAGCAGUAUAGUUAGUUAGCCUACUAUAUUUGUUUAAUCGGAGAUUUUUCUGUAGCCACCCGUUACUGCAACCAAGUUGACGAAGACGACUAAUCGCAACCUCUGAGCGAACGACAUUGACCGUUGAGCUAACUAAACUACAAUUAAGCUAACAAAUCAAGUAGGGGAGGUAAUAGCGCGCUAACCGCUAGAAGCCUUUUCGGCAUACGACCAUGUAGCUACUGUAAAGUUGGCUUUGUUAACAUUUCGCUCUGUAGCUGGUCACGUUGGCGUUUACUCGAAAGUAUUUCACUUUUAGCGCGUUGUUUGGAUAACUGUCCCCACAUACGAAACUGAAGGCAGGAUGAUGUCUCGGAGGCGGCUGGACAGCCGCAGCGGGCCGACGGGAGGACUACUCGGAGAAAUCUUAACUCCUAUCAACACGGAACCCAUGGAGAGUGUUUAUGAAAUUACCGGCGAGCUGGGAAGGGGAAAGUUUGCAGUGGUCAAGCACUGUGUGGAAAAAGCCACAGGGAAAAUGUUUGCAGCCAAAUUCUUGCGGAAGAGGCGGCGGGGUCGCGACUGCCGGGCAGAAGUGGUACAUGAGAUGGCUGUCCUGGAGAUGGCCCGUAACAACCUCCGCGUGGUCAACUUACAUGCUGCCUAUGAGACAGACCAUGACAUUGUUCUCAUGCUGGAAUAUGCUGCAGGUGGAGAGAUCUUUGACCACUGUGUGUCUGAAGAGUUGUUGCCAGAGGCCCAGAUCACCCGUCUGAUCCGCCAAACGCUGGAAGGAGUUCAUCACCUCCACCAGAGCAAUCUGGUGCAUCUGGACCUCAAGCCGCAAAACAUUCUCUUGACCAGUCUGUGUCCUCCGGGAGACAUAAAAAUUGUGGACUUUGGCCUGGCACGUAGGCUUGGUGCAGUUGGGGAACUCAGAGAGAUUCUUGGGACACCUGAAUACGUGGCCCCAGAGAUCCUGAAUUAUGAGCCAAUCACAACAGCAACAGACUUAUGGAGCAUAGGUGUCAUAGCCUACAUGCUGGUAACGGGAGAGUCUCCGUUUGCGGGGGAUGACAAACAGGAGACGUACCUCAAUGUUUCCCAGGUUAAUGUGGACUACAGUAGGGAGGCCUUCUCCAGGGUAUCGGAGCUGGCUGUGGACUUUAUUCGCAAACUGCUGGUCAAAACACCUGAGGACAGGCCCAGUGCUGCAGACUGUAUGAGCCAUCCCUGGCUUUGGCAGGGACCAGAACCGGUUAUACCACGCAUCCUCCGCGAAAGGAGCAGUGGCACUAAGUGGGCUGCCCCACCUGAAGACCCUGAGGACAAGGAGAAUUUCCUGGAGUCCGCACACUCCCAUGCAAAAAAGUUCCGCCUUGAUGAAGAGACACCUGCUGCCGUGGACGGUGACUUCUAA